CGCUCUAGGCCCAGCCUCCGCGCGUUUCCAGGGCGCACCAUGGAGAGUGGGUGCUGGUUCGGUGGCGAGUUCGAGGACUCGGUAUUCGAGGAGCGGCCCGAGCGGCGUUCUGGGCCGCCUGCGUCCUACUGCGCCAAGCGCUGCGAGCCGCAGUGGUUUUAUGAAGAGACAGAAAGCAGUGAUGAUGUUGAAGUGCUGACCAUCAAGAAGUUCAAAGGGGACCUGGCCUAUAGACGACGAGAGUAUCAGAAAGCGCUGCAGGAGUAUUCCAGUAUCUCUGAAAAGUUGUCAUCUACUAAUUUUGCAAUGAGAAGAGAUGUUCAGGAAAGCCAAGCUCGGUGUCUGGCUCACCUGGGAAGGCACCUGGAAGCCCUGGAGAUUGCUACAAACUUGGAAAAUAAAGCAACCAACAUAGAUCAUUUAACAACUGUGCUCUACCUCCAGUUUGCCAUUUGUUCAAGUUUGCAGAACUUGGAGAAAACAAUUUUUUGCCUGCAGAAACUGAUUUCUUUGCAUCCUUUUAAUCCUUGGAACUGGGGCAAAUUGGCAGAGGCUUACCUGAAUCUGGGGCCAGCUCUUUCAGUGGUGUUUGCGUCAUCUCAGAAACAGAACAGUUUCACCUCGAGUGACAAAACUAUCAAAUCCUCCUUUCCAGGCUCAGGAAAAGACUGCCUGUUGUGUUUCUCUGAAACCUUGCCUGAGAGCUUGACGUUCUCUAUGGACAAAAGUAGCAGUAAUAGCCAGAAAAAUGAGAAAGCUCUUAAAAAUAUCCACGACUGUAUGGCAGAAAAGAGAGAAGCAGUUUUGCUGGAGACUCAGAUGAAAGCAUGUGCCUCUUUCAUACGAACCAGGCUUUUGCUUCAGCUCACCCAACCUCAGCAGACAUCGUUUGCUUUAGAGAGGAACUUAAGGACUCAGCGGGAAAUUGAGGAUAAAAUGAAAGGGUUCAGCUUCAAAGAAGACGUUUUGCUGUUGAUAGCUGAGGUUAUGGGAGAAGAUAUCAUCCCAGAAAGAAUAAAAGAUGAAGUUCAGUCAGAGGUGAAGUGUGUUGGCUCAGCAGCCCUGACUGCCUUGGUGACCACAUCCUCUGAAGAAUUUGAAGACAAGUGGUUCAGAAAGAUCAAAGACCAUUUCUGGCCCUUUGAAAAUCAGUUCCAUGCAGAGAUACAAAUCUUGGCCGAGCAGUCCAUUGAAAAACAAAACAGAAAACAUUUUGCCCAGUAUUAAUUGUCUUUGUUUAUUUCAGACAGGAUCCACUGCUAAUCAUGGAAUGUAGAGAAUUAAAAAUGAUGAUUUAUGUUUUAUACAAAUGCCUUUUGUCCCAGAU